GGCUUUAGGGACUAAGGUUUACUUUAUGCAAACUGACGACGAGUUAUACAAGUAGGAAGUAAAUACUAUAAAAACUCUAUACGAAUACAAUUUCCCGUCUUUCUGUUCUGAAUCCUGUCCUCCGGUUGGAACGCUGUGUUUACGAUCACCGCCUGAACACAGCCUACUUCCUCAGGUGACAGGCUGAGCCUACCGCCCCCUCCCAUCAGAGAUGCUUCUGUCUGAGGUUGACAGCACAACGCAGGACCAGCAACUGCCUCCGCAGCGCUUCUAGGGAAUUGAAGAAGCCAGAAAACUUGACCUAAGCGCCUACUUCUUACUUAUAUAGAUUUCAGAAUCUGUUCGGUCAUUUUUAAACCACACACCAAAGAUCAAAGAAGGCGACGGACCGAGCUAACGUUAGUUUAAACUCCACAGACAACCGGCUUCUCUUUUUCUCCCCCCUCAUCUCCUCCUUCUUUUAGUAUCACUUAGAUGCGAUGACAGACUCGGCAGUGGACAGCAAAACGGAGGUCAAGCAGGCCACCAAAUAUGUCAAAGAGACCGAGAACGUCGCGGAAAAAUACUCCGCAUUGACCGUCAGCAAGAACAGCAGCGAUGUGAACAUGAACGUCGGAGAGAUGCCCUCCGCGGCGUUCACCGCAGUCCCGACGCUGAAGUCGGUGAAGAAGAUCCAGUUUGCGAAUGCAGAGGACAAGCAGGAGUUCAGCAAGUUUCCAACCAAGGCGGGUCGCCGCUCGCUCUCACGCUCCAUCUCACAGUCCUCCACAGACAGCUACAGCUCAGCUGCUUCCUACACCGACAGCUCCGAUGAUGAAACCUCCCCCCGGGACAAAGCCCAGGUCAACAGCCACGGCAGCACCAACUUCUGUGUGAAGAACAUCAAACAGGCUGAAUUCGGACGGCGGGAAAUUGAAAUAGCAGAGCAAGACAUGUCUGCCCUGAUCUCGCUGAGGAAGAGAGCCCAGGGGGAGAAGCCCCUGGCCGGGGCCAAGAUAGUGGGCUGCACCCAUAUCACUGCUCAGACAGCCGUCCUGAUUGAAACUCUGGUGGCCCUCGGGGCCCAGUGCCGCUGGACUGCCUGUAACAUCUACUCCACUCAAAACGAGGUGGCCGCUGCUCUCGCUGAAACUGGUGUACCUGUGUUUGCAUGGAAAGGUGAAUCAGAGGACGACUUCUGGUGGUGCAUCGAUCGCUGUGUCAACAGCGACGGCUGGCAGGCCAAUAUGAUCUUGGACGAUGGUGGAGAUUUGACCCACUGGGUUUACAAGAAGUAUCCCAGCGUGUUCAAGAAGGUCCGAGGGAUCGUGGAGGAGAGCGUCACUGGCGUUCACAGAUUGUAUCAGCUGUCUAAGGCGGGUAAGCUGUGCGUCCCUGCGAUGAAUGUGAACGACUCGGUUACGAAGCAGAAGUUUGACAACCUCUACUGCUGCCGCGAAUCUAUUCUGGAUGGCUUGAAAAGGACCACGGACAUAAUGUUUGGAGGCAAACAAGUGGUUGUGUGUGGUUAUGGGGAGGUGGGAAAAGGCUGCUGCACUGCUCUCAAAGCCCUCGGCGCCAUUGUGUGCAUCACAGAGAUUGACCCCAUCUGUGCUCUGCAGGCAUGUAUGGACGGAUUUCGAGUGGUCAAGCUGAGCGAGGUCAUCCGGCAGAUGGACGUGGUGAUAACUUGCACUGGGAACAAGAACGUUGUUUCCAGAGAGCAUCUUGACCGAAUGAAAAAUGGCUGCAUUGUCUGCAAUAUGGGACAUUCCAAUACAGAGAUCGAUGUGGCGAGCCUACGCAGCCCCGAGCUGACCUGGGAGAGGGUUCGCUCUCAGGUCGACCACAUCAUCUGGCCAGAUGGGAAAAGGGUCAUUGUGCUGGCAGAGGGUCGUCUUUUAAAUCUGAGCUGUUCUACAGUGCCUACGUUCGUGUUGUCCAUCACUGCUACUACUCAGGCUCUCGCCUUGAUUGAGCUGUACAACGCUCCAGAAGGACGAUACAAACAAGACGUUUAUCUUCUGCCCAAGAAAAUGGAUGAGUACGUGGCCAGUUUGCACCUGCCCAACUUUGAUGCCCACCUGACAGAGCUGUCCGAUGAGCAGGCUAAGUACAUGGGGCUGAACAAGAACGGCCCGUUUAAGCCAAAUUAUUACAGGUACUAAUAAAGAUGUCUGCUACUCAGCGA